UAUAACAAGAGCUGCAGGACUCCCAGCCCCAUAAAUGUGUUCACGUAAAACUCCAGACAGUUUCUCUUAGACUGAAGUCUUAUCAGGGAGACCUUAUUUUGCCUCUAAUUAGAGGACAGAUUCAAGGGAGAGAAAGGCAUAGCCUACGCCUGUUGCUUGUGUGGGUCAGUGUUUGCCGAAGUAGAAGUUCUUCCAACAGGAACACAUUCCCCGGAAUGAAUGACCGCCUCGCCUUUAAACAUAAUGGUCAAACAGUUAUCCCCCAAAUUUCAGCUGUUUCAUUUAGAAGAAAAGCCAAAUGAGAAAAAAGCUUUCCUCAUCUCUGCUCAAGACUGCAAACACUCAGAAAUGACCUCACGCACCCUAAAGAACCCCGAGAUGACUAAGGCAGAGUGAGCCUGAGAAAACUCUUUGCUGCUCUGCCUUUAGUUUCAGGACAUAUUUAUGCAGAUGAGCUUAUAAGAGACGUUUCCCCGCCUUCUUCCUCAGAGGAAGUUUCUUGGUAGAUCACUGACACCUCAUCCAGGCGGGGGGAUGAAAACUUGGCACCAGCUAUCCCAGGCAGAGCACCACUGUGAUUUGUUCUCCUGGUGGAGAGAGCUGGAAGGAAGGAGUCGGCGUGCAAAUAAUGAAGGAGCACGGGGGCACCUUCAGUAGCGCCGGGAUCAGCGGUGGCAGCGGUGACUCUGCUAUGGACAGCCUGCAGCCGCUCCAGCCUAACUACAUGUCUGUGUGUUUGUUUGCAGAAGAAUCUUAUCAAAAAUUAGCAAUGGAAACGCUGGAGGAAUUAGACUGGUGUUUAGACCAGCUAGAGACCAUACAGACCUACCGCUCUGUCAGUGAGAUGGCUUCGAACAAGUUCAAAAGAAUGCUGAACCGGGAGCUGACACACCUCUCGGAGAUGAGCCGAUCAGGGAACCAAGUGUCUGAAUACAUUUCAAAUACUUUCUUAGACAAGCAGAAUGAUGUGGAGAUCCCAUCUCCUACCCAGAAAGACAGGGAGAAAAAGAAGAAGCAGCAGCUCAUGACCCAGAUAAGCGGAGUGAAAAAGCUGAUGCAUAGUUCAAGCUUAAACAACACAAGCAUCUCACGCUUUGGAGUCAACACAGAAAAUGAAGAUCACCUGGCCAAGGAGCUAGAAGACCUGAACAAAUGGGGCCUUAACAUCUUCAAUGUGGCGGGAUAUUCACACAAUCGGCCCCUAACAUGCAUCAUGUAUGCUAUAUUCCAGGAAAGAGACCUCCUGAAGACAUUCAAAAUCUCAUCUGACACCUUUGUAACCUACAUGAUGACGUUAGAAGACCAUUACCAUUCUGACGUGGCCUAUCAUAACAGCCUCCACGCUGCUGACGUGGCCCAGUCAACCCACGUGCUUCUUUCUACACCAGCAUUAGAUGCUGUCUUCACGGACUUGGAAAUCCUGGCGGCCAUUUUUGCAGCUGCCAUCCAUGACGUUGAUCAUCCUGGAGUCUCCAAUCAGUUUCUCAUCAACACAAAUUCAGAACUUGCUUUGAUGUAUAAUGAUGAAUCCGUGCUGGAAAACCAUCACCUUGCCGUGGGUUUCAAACUGCUGCAAGAAGAACAUUGUGACAUCUUUUCGAAUCUUACCAAGAAGCAGCGUCAGACGCUCAGGAAGAUGGUUAUUGACAUGGUGUUAGCAACUGAUAUGUCGAAACAUAUGAGCCUGUUGGCAGACCUGAAGACAAUGGUAGAAACCAAGAAAGUUACAAGUUCAGGCGUUCUUCUCCUGGACAACUAUACUGAUCGUAUUCAGGUCCUUCGCAACAUGGUACACUGUGCAGACCUGAGCAACCCCACCAAGUCCUUGGAAUUGUAUCGGCAAUGGACAGACCGCAUCAUGGAGGAAUUUUUCCAGCAGGGAGACAAAGAGCGGGAGAGGGGAAUGGAAAUUAGCCCAAUGUGUGAUAAACACACAGCUUCUGUGGAAAAAUCCCAGGUUGGUUUCAUUGACUACAUCGUCCAUCCACUGUGGGAGACCUGGGCAGAUCUGGUACAGCCCGAUGCUCAGGACAUUUUGGAUACGUUGGAAGAUAACAGGAACUGGUAUCAGAGCAUGAUACCCCAGAGUCCCUCCCCACCACUGGACGAGCAGAACAGGGACUGCCAGGGUCUUAUGGAGAAGUUUCAAUUUGAACUGACCCUCGAAGAGGAGGAUUCGGAAGGACCUGAGAAGGAGGGAGAGGGCCACAGCUAUUUCAGCAGCACAAAGACACUUUGCGUGAUCGAUCCAGAAAAUAGGGAUUCCCUGGGAGAGACUGACAUAGACAUUGCGACAGAAGACAAGUCCCUGGUCGACACAUAAUUGCCCUCUCUGUGUGAAGACGAACAUUUCACCCUUGAUGAGCAUGCCAGCUGUGUGGUAGGGCCAGCCCACCAUGGGGGCCGAGGCCUGCACAGGACAAGAGCCACCUGGCCUUUCCAGUUACUUGAGUUUGGAGCCAGAAUACAAGACCAUGAAGCAAAUAGCAGCUCAGGAAAUCUCACGGUUGACUUGCCUUGCUGGCAAGUGUGGCGGAGGGCUGAAGCUUCACGUGUUACUAGAGGCCGGUUCUGAUCACGACAAAAUGGCUUGAAAAUGGAAGACACAAAACUGAGAGAUCAUUCUGCACUAAGUUUUGGGCACCUGUCCCCACAAGUGACUGAACUGACUGACUAAUAACUUCAUUUAUGAAUCUGCUCACCUGCCCCUUGUCUGCCAACCUGUGUGCCUUUUUUGUAAAACAUUUUCAUGUCUUUAAAAUGCUUGUUGAAUACGUAGAGUUUAGUAUCCACUUCUACACAGAUAAGCGUUCAAAGUUGACAUAACUUUUUUGACUCUUUCUGGGAAAAAAAAAAGGAAAGAAAACCGUCUUCCUUCUUUCUUGGGCAAUAGCUUUCACUUUACUACAGUUACUUUGGCAAACAGAAAGGAUACACUUCUAACCACAUUCUACUUCCUUCCCUUUUUGUCCAAUCCAACUCCACAGUUCUUAUAACUUAUCUCUGUUUGCCUGCUCCAAACAGUAUUUUUUCUCCUCCAGAGUUUCACUCUUUUGCUGCAAACAGAAUGAAGUUGAACAAACACGGGAGUAGGAAGGAGUAGUUGUGUUAUUCACCAUAAGCGUCUGCGUAGAAAUCAGCUUACUAAGGCGGUGUACCCUGCCGUGUCCUGGACCCUUCUGCCCCCAGUCGCAUGGUCCCACCCUGUUCUCCCCCCUCUCUCCACCCGAUCACAUACGCUGUUUUCAAUUUAAUGCUGCCGUCUUUCUCUUGCACUGCCUUCUGCGUUAACACCUCCAUUCCUGUUUAUAACCGUGUAUUUAUUACUCAAUGUAUAUAAUGUAAUGUUUUGUAAGUUAUUAAUUUAUAUAUCUAACAUUGCCUGCCAAUGGUGGUGUUAAAUUUGUGUAGAAAACUCUGCCUAAGAGUUGCAACUUUUCCUUGUAACGUUUUGUAUUGUGUAUUAUGUAACCCUAACAUGGCUUUAGAGAGACAUAUGGCCCCCUUGGCAAUGAGGACAGGGGUGGGCUUCUGUUCAGAGGGUCUGCUCUUCCCCGGUCUGAGUUGCUAAUACUGCACAACCCCUUUAAGAACCGGUUUUGGAAACAGGAUUCUCACAUUAGAUACUAAAUGGUUUAUACUGAGCUUUUACUUUUGUAUAGUUUGAUAGGGGCAGGGGGCACCGGGAUGUAGUUUUUACCCACGUUCUAUCCAAAUCUGUGUUCGCAUGAGUUGGGUUAUAACUGGGUUCUACCAUAAUUGUGGCUUUGGUUUAAAAAGCAACACUACAUUUGCUCACAGAUGAUUCUUCUGAGUGUUCCCAAACUACUGACUUUGAAGAGCUAGCCUCCUGCCUGUCAUUAAGCAGGAAUGUCAUGUUCCAAUUCAUUACAAAAGAAAACAAUAAAACAAUGUGAAUUUUUAUAAUAAAAUGUGAACUGAUGUAGUAAAUUAUGCGAAUGUGAAGCUUCUUCUGAUAACACUUGUGAGGCCUCUUUCUGGUGUCAGUUUUCAGUUUGUAAAAAAUGUUUCAUGCUUUCAGUUCAGCAUUGUGACUCAAUAGUUAAAGAAAAAUGGCACAAAUGUGCAUGACCAGUGGGUUUGUAUGUCUAUGAACACUGCAUUGUGUCAGGUGGACAUUUUAUCAUUUUCAAAAGUUUCUCACAAUGUAUGUUAUAGUAUUAUUAUUAUAUAUUGUGUUCAAAUGCAUUCUUAAGAGACUUUUAUAUGAGGUGAAUAAACAAGAGCAUGAAUAGAUUA